AUGAAGACGUUCGCUUUGUUUUACCUGGUCUUCCUGUCCAGACUUUGCAGUUGCACAGGUUCCGAUGAAUUUACUCUAGACAACUUUGUAUAUCGCAUAAUCGACGCGAGGAUAUUCAGAGUGACGAAGGGGUCACAUGGCUAUGUUCCUGUCUUUGUAUGUAUGCCAAAAAAGGGUGUGGCUGCCAAAGUAGUGACAUUUGCCGGUGAAGUCGUAUGGAAGUCUCAGGACGCUGUCUGUUUGGCUGCUUUGGUAUACUUUGACGGAAUGGUGCCGGUGUUGACCAUAUUGGACAUUGAAGGAAGAGAUAAGAGGGAGACCCUUUUCCUCUAUAGAGACCAUUUUCGGUGGGUACGCGAUCGAUUGGCGUUUCGGAGAAAGUUGGACAGGUUGAGUAGAAAGGCGAGAGCGAUACAUCUAAGGAACAAAAUUGCCUUGGAAAUUGAGAGAAAAGUGGCAGCCUAUAGAAUGGCCAGGCUUAGGGAGGAGGCGGAAAGGAGAGGUGAGGUAGUUUAUGAGGAGUGCGAAUGUCAACGUCGCAAACGGUUAGACAUGGCCGCUGGUCACUCGGAUGGUAUACAUUCAACUGGUAUGGGUACUCCAAGAAGUAUGAGAUCCCUAUACUUUCCUCUUCCAAAAGCCGCCUCUGUCAACAUUGCAGAACCCAGCAGAUUUUUUUGCAGGUUCUUUGACUACUACUAUGACGAUGUGCAAACCAGACUUGUGAUUCCAGACUAUGGAGUGUCUAUCAAGAGGUUGACAACCUCAAAAGGCGUCAUUUGGUCUGGAGAGGGAAAUGAGAGGCUCAUUUAUGCAGCCAUUCACCUGAGAAACAAGGCACCAGCGCUCGCCCAAAUCUCAUUGGAAUAUUAUGAUGAUUCAUUGUUAAGGAGAACAACGUUUGCCGCAUCGAGAACACCAAAUGGUUGGGAACAUACAGGGGAUUUUAAUGCAGAAUUUGCAAGGUUGAGGGUAAACGUAGACUCGUUCUUCCCGUCAGUUGUCGACCUUUCCAUUGGUUCAACCAGUCAAUGUGAAGUAUUUGAAACGAUACUAGAUGGCAUUCCGACUAUGUUUCAUUACCCAAAGCACGGCUUCCACGCCAAAAUGGUCCGCUAUGGACCCAUCUACCUUUGGGGUUGGGAGCCCAGCCGUACGGCAAGAGGACCAAGGGAUCAACGCGUUAUAAUGGCAAGGACAUAUUUGAGAAACGGCAUGUGCUUCCUAGUAAAGUUGGCAAUACGUGAUUCCAACGAGGUUGGGAGGUCCAUAAACUACGUUUUGGAGUAUGGGAGGUUUGUUGCUCUGGACGACAGAGAGGCUGAAGUGGCCAGACAGGCCCUCAAGGCAUUUGUAAGGGUCGCUUAUUAG